AUGGCCACACAACCGUGCUUGAACAAGGUGAUCCUGAAGGAGUUCAAGGACACCUGCUAUCGCUCGUUCGCGCAGGACCAGAUCACUAUCACCUUCCCCGACGAGGAGGACCUGACCAAGGUUGAAGUCAUUCUCACCCCCAACGAGGGCGUGUACCGCGACGCUCGCAUCGUCUUCUCCAUCGACCUCACCACCGAGUACCCCACCAGGGCACCCAUCAUCCGCUGCAAGACGCCAGUCCUGCACCCCAACAUCGAGGGCGAUGAGAUCUGCCUGAACAUCCUCGAUGACGAAUGGAGCGAGUGCCUGAGGCUCGUCGACUACGCACUGCUCUGGCUCCUCUACAACCCCAACCUCGACUCGAGGCUCAACUGUGACUGCCCCGAAGAGGAGGACAGCUUCGUCGUCCUCGCUCGUCGCGCCCUGUGCGGCGAACAUGUCGGCGGCCGCUACUACGAGUGCCUCCUGAUCGUGCCCGAGGCCCCUCCACCCCCUCCCGCCCCCACCGUCGUGGGCCUCACCACCGCCUUCUCCCUGGCCGCCUCGCUGGCGGCUCGAUUCGGCCUCGAGCACCCCAAUGACACCAACAUCAACGACGACUCAGUGGGCGCCUCGCCAGCAGAUCUAUUCGGCCUCGAGCACGCCAACGACACCACCAACGAGCAGAUGGUCGAAGCACCCACGUUGACGCCUAUUGCCGUGUAA